GUGUGGAACUGGCGACCACACACAGAUACACUCAGACACGUAUGGUUGGCGACAUUGACUCCUACAGGUUUUUGCGCACGGAGCAAUUGACAUCGCCAGGGGGCGUCUGUGCGAUGGAGAAAUACGCGUUGGGGCCACUCAUUGGGGAAGGUCAGUUCGGCAGUGUUCGCGCAGCUACGGUGAAGAGCACCGGGCAGGCCGUUGCUGUGAAGCUCCUGCACGUGCCCCGGGUCGCGGAGGGCAUCCCGCACCCUGUGGCUCGAGAGCUGCUCGUGGCCUCACGGGUGUCCUCGCCCUUUCUUGUGAAUACAAUUGAAGUGCUGCCGUACGGCUCGCACAUGGUCCUCGUGAUGGAGCGCUGCAGCGGGGACCUCGCAGCGGUGCUGCGCCGGUGCACGCUGACCCGUCCCUUUCCCCUGCCCCUUGCCCAAUCUUAUCUGCAGAUGCUGUUGAGUGCACUGCACACUCUGCACUCUGAUGGCGUGCUGCACCGCGACGUCAAGCCCGCCAACUGCUGCAUCGCGUGCGACGGCCGUCUGAAGCUGGGUGACUUCGGCCUCAGCCGUCCACGCAGCGACGACAUGUCGCACGAGGUCGUCUCGCGGUGGUACCGCGCGCCCGAGCUGCUCUUUGGCCGGCGCCGUUACGGCGGGGAGGUCGAUCUGUGGGCAGCAGGGUGCAUCUUUGCAGAGCUGCUGCGCGGCUACGGCCAGCCGUUCUUCACCGGAGAUGGCGACAUCAGCCAGCUCGCUAGGAUAUUUGACGUGCUGGGCACACCCGUCGGUGCCACGGGCGACAUCUACCGCAAGCUGCCGGACUGGGAAAAGGUGUGCUUCGAGGAGAAGCGAGGCAGCGGGCUGCGAGCGCUGCUCCCGCUGGCGCCGGCGGAUGCGCUCGACCUGCUGACAGCGCUACUCGACCUCGAUCCCGGUGCGCGGCCCACUGCGGCGGAGGCACUUCGUCAUCCGUUUUUUGCGCUCCCACCAGAGUCACUGCGACGCUGCUAG